GGAGCUUAGUUUCAGUCGUCAAGCAGCUGCGGCGACGGACACUACACACGGAUCAAUCGCAAAUCUCGCUGUGAGUACGCGUUCGUUCGAGUCCUGUGGAGAGCUCUCUGUCACUCUUCCACAUCGCCACGUUCUCCUCUGUGGCGCGCGCGUUCUUCUUCAGAUUUUUUUUCAGUGUCUCAUGCUGCUAUAUCCUAGAGAAAUCCUCGAGGAAACGCCGUUGCAAUUGCACCAAAAAUAAUAUUCAAGAGAAGGCCUCGAGAACAUGCCCAAAGUUCUCAGCCGAGCUGCCAAGUGUCCGCCAGUGUGUUGUUAGGGGGUUCUAGGGUUGUUUUGUGGGCGCAGCCCCGAGUGCAUAAUUAUUUGGGUCAAAGCAGGCAUCACAAAACAACAAGAACGUGCAAAAGCUGCAUCUGAAAACAGCGAACUAAAAGUUGCCAGCAUUCAGCCCAUCAUCCACCUGUUAUGAAGCUUGCCUAGACCAUCUCCAGAGAGCGACAGCGAGAGCGAUAGGACGCAAUGGAGGCCAGCCAGCAGCCAGCCAAGGUGCAUCGCCAGCACCAGCGACAGCGACGGACGGAGGCGCGUCAGCGUCGACUGGAGCGCGAGGCAGCUGCCACUACCACAACAACCCCGGAGAGAGAUGCUGGUCAGGAGGUGAUAAGCACUAUGGAGGACUGUGCAGCGGCUCUGAACGAUUCCAGCUCGAUGGGAGCAGCGGCUGAGGGAAGCACUACAGGAGCGGGGGGAACCACUAGCGCCGGUCGCAUCAGUGCCCAGAGCUCGGCGGAUAGCAUUGAGAUGGUAGGCUCCCCCAGUCAGACCUCACAGCAGACUGUGGUGCUGGUCAAUGGCCACGCACCGCCCUCCGCGCACGACACCACCCAAGAGGAGAGCGCCUCCUUGGGGGCCGCAGAACAUCUGGAUUCUCCGGCGCCGCCACCGUCACUGCCGUCGCAGCCAACGAAGCAGAGCGAUGGCAGUCGCAACUCAUCCGGAGACGCCAUGAGCCUGAGGGAGACACUGCAGCAGCUGCCGGCCACCCAUGGCCAUCACAGGUCCAGGCGAAACCAUUCGCCGCAGCCACAGGCCCUGGAAGCGGACUCCUCGUUUCAUCGAGGCAUCUUGGGCUACAUGGAUCGCGAGCUCAAGCAGAGCUCGCCCACACCCUCGGCCCUCAGCAGUGCGGGAGCAACCGCAGUCGGAAAUGGCGCUGGAGGGCCUGGGACAUCGCGCAAGCAGCAGUCACUGUCCGAUCCGCAGGCCAGUCCCGCCCAGCGAUCGCUGCGCUCCCGAAACAGCUUUGACAAGAGUCCGCGACGCAAACGUAGCAAGUCGGAGUCGCGGAGGAGGAGGGAGCGCAAGCUGAUAGCUGCCGGGGAAGUGGAGGUGGUCCGCCAGGCCAACGAGACCCUGAUGCGGUACCUCAAGCAGUGCUCCGACAUGCACGACGCCUCGCUGUCCGGCGAGCUGGAAAUCGAUCAGAGCUACGAGGAGCGACGCGUGCAACGCAAGACGAAGUCGCAGCGGGACAAGCGGGGACAGCUAAUCAGCAAGCUGUACACGGCGGGGGGGAUAUCCUCCAUACUAAAGGAGCUGGCUGAUGACAUUGCUCCGGCCGAGGGCGAGGAGAUCUACAACCCAUUCACACCGGUCGUCUCACCCACGGACGAUGCGCCCGCGCACAUCGACAAAAUGUUUCUGCAGACGUCAUCCGGGUAUCGACCAGUGGAGCACAGCUACUACAAGCGCUCCUUCCUGGGAGCUGCCGCACGUGGCCCAGGUGGCACGGCUGGCGGGGGUCCUGCGGGCGGCAUCAAUGGCAUCUCGGCUGCCGAGCUGGGUGGCGCCGGUCGUCUCUAUCGCUCGCAUGGCGGCCACUGCCUUGGCGGAGGUGGUAGUACUGGGGGCGGUGGUGGUUCAACCAGCGGACGUGGCAGCUAUGCUGACACCCGCUGCCUGCUCGAUGCCGACUUAAAUCGCAAUGGCAUCACCAGCAGUAUACAACUAGCCUGUGUAGUUCAACGAAUCUGGCUGCUCCUCUCGAAUAUAUGCCACGGCCUGCUAGCUGGUCUAGCAUUGGCCCAUCUACUCUUUGUGCUGAGCAGCCAUCCGAUGGAUUGGGCAAAGGUCAUCAAUGGCAUUAGUCUUGCUGGCGAGACAAUGCCAACCUCAUCAACAACAUCCACACCAUUAGCGAUGGACAUGACCACAACAAGAUCUAGCACCACAAAUUUGGGCCUCAGUGCGGGUGGUACGGAUCCCAGUGGAACAGCAUCGUCGGGAUCAGGAACAUCGGCGACAAGCAGCAGCGACGCUUUGGCCCUGAUCAGCGACUAUGCGGGAUUUGCGGAGAUCUAUUUGAAUACCUUCUAUUGCUUGGCCAUCAUAUGUUUGGUUUCUGUAUUCGAUCGCAUGGACAUUUGUCGCUGGAGCUUCUCGAGUGCCAGUGAACUUAUAUCAUUCCGUUGGCUCAUCAUCACAAUGAUCUACGUUGCGACAAUAAUCCUAACGAUCUGCUCCGAUUCGAUCGAUGAAAAGCUGUACCUGUUCAAUAACAAUGCUAACAUAACAUUGACCCAACAGGAGUUGCUGAGCAACAGUGUGCGGGGCGUGUGGAGCAGUCUGUCGGUGACGAGGAGCAUCGCCGCCAUAUCGGGCUGGAUAAUGAUUGGGCUGACGCCACAGGAGGAUAUGCUGUAUGAGCAUCUGGCUGAUCUUACCAAAUAUCAAUUGACAAAUAAUUGAAUUUAAGGCGUACGCAUAUUAGAACAAUUUGUAAAUAUACUCGUACUCGUAUUCGUACUUAUAGUUGAACUUUUAGAAGCUGUUGUUCAGUUAUUGGCUUUUUAUAUGACAUAAUCCGAGCGCAUAGAAAUCUUUUAUGUAUACCCAACAUAUUAAGCUUUAAAGUCGUCUACUGAAGAUUCACGUGGAUGCCCUUCACAGGCCGCUAGAACAAAAUAAAACCCAAUUAACUAACAAACACGAAAAGUGGCAAACAACUUAGUAAACUAUGGGAAUGUAGCAAGAUCAGGAUAUAGAUACAAUAUAUGUACUUGCAAGUAGGAGGCAAAUUAUGAAAUACCGACAUAUAUUUAUCAUACGAGUAUAGAUUUACCCGUGUACUUAUGCAUACAUACAUAUAUAAAAUAUGUUACCUAUAUAGAUAUACAGAUACUUGUACACAUUAUACAGAUAUAUACAUAUAUACUAUAUAUACUAUAUAUAUAUAUAUAUAUAUAUAUACAAUACUUGAAAUACUUUUUCGUACACAUAUCGUCUAGAGAAACAAAAAACGAAUGCAAUUCUUGCCCAAAUUGUACAAGAAAUGCUUUCCAAACCGAAGCUACAGUAGAUGAUUCUAGUAUAUCAAAGGAUACGAAAGAACUUUUGUAAAUAUUAUUAAUCGCAUAUAUGGGCGAUAUGUAUGUACAUAAAUAGAAGCAUUAGAAAAUUAUUUACGAAUUGUAAGAGAAGAGAAUGUUGAAUUAUAUGCAAUUAUUAUAUACAAUUAUAUUUAAUUAUGUACAACAUUAUCUUUAUUUCAAUUUGUAGGCCAUUGGCAAACAUUUUUUUUCUUAACAACAUUUUUAUGUUUAAUCGAGCUGUACAUAAACCGAGUGCAAUAAUAUAACGAAUAUUACUGAAUUACAAUACAAUUACCGUACAUAAAUAUAUACAAAGAAAUUUGGAAUUAAACCGAGAAACGAUUUACCGAGCUAGCGAAUCAAUCGAUCAAAGCAAAACGACGACAUGGACAUCAAAUUGUAAACUUGUAUAUAAAAAGUACUUAUAUGAAUGCAAAUAAACAAAAAAAGUGUACAAAA